GGCUUCCAUGGCGAAAUAAAGGGCGUACUCACCAGGGGCCGCGUCAUAUCGGGCAUCGGCAACGCCUGGUCUGACGAGAUUCUAUUCGCAGCGCAGAUAUACCCCUUCCGCAGGCGCAAGGCGCUGUCCGAAGACGAACUUCGCCGCCUCUACGACCAGUCUCGGCGGGUCGUGUCCGACGCGAUCCCACUGGUCCGCGAACGCAUCGGAAAAGACAUCCACUUGAAGGCGCGCGACUUCCUGCAGGUCCACAACAAGGGAGGCGAACCCUGCCCACGCUGCGGUAAUGCCAUUAGCCAGAUUACCGCCAACAAACGCAUCACCAGCUAUUGCCGCCGUUGCCAGCCAGGAAUGCUCUUGAAGAAUUGA